AUGGUAGAAAAAAUUGAGGAGGAUAUAUUUGGGUUGAUCAGGAAGUCUUCUUUCAAACAAUGUUUUGAGAAAGUGAACAUUUUGAAGAAAAAUUACCCAAGGCUCCAGUAUCCGAAUGUACUUGAAUUGUAUAUCAAAUACAAACAGUCCCCAUUGAAGUUUGAUUAUGAGGCCGAUUUGGGGAAGCUCUAUGGUUCUAAUGGUUCCAUUGUCACUGUUGAACAUGAGACUUUGAAUCUUUUGCAUAGAUUUUUCAGUGAACUAGAGAAUUUUGAAGAGGCCCUACAUGUCUAUGAAAAGGCCAAUGCAAAGUAUCCCAGCUUUGAAUUAAGUUAUUCAUGGUUUGAAAAAGCUUUAGAAGAUUCAAACUAUAAACACAUGGCAAAAGCGAGCUUGCAAAUGUCCAAAUUUGAAACUGCUGCCGGUUCUCUGGAAUCAAGAGACUUCUAUUUUUGGAAUGCUAUUUCAACAAUUGCUCUAUUUGAGUUCCGGACUCACAAUCUAACUGAGCAGGAGGUUAAAAUACUGCCUUUGCUAACUUAUAAAAACCUAUGCAAUUGCAAACCGUUCCGCUCGACGCAAGAAGUUAUCGUCUUCUCUUCCGUAUGUGAGAAACUAUUUCCAAAUGAUCGUUCAAAAUCCGAUGAUAUACUAAAAGAGAUUACACCCCAUUUAACCGAUUCUGUGGACCUAUACUUGAAGAAUUUUAUGCUCAAGCAUAUUGGUAGUAACAAUCCUGACUUACUAUUUUCAAAUUGUGAAAAAAUGUUGAACAAAAUAAAUGAUUAUGAUCUAUUGAAAAGUUUAGUAACCUCUGGUAAGCAAUUAGGAAAGUCUAAAGAUGAAUUAAUCAAUUUGAUAGACUCUCUUUUAACUGACUCAAGAAAUUCAAGACUGAUUCGUCUUGAAAUUGACUUAGUCUUUGAUUUAACUAUAUCGGAAGAAUCAUUAAGACAUUAUUUAUCUAAGUUUCAUAAUAAGCAGUGUUGCUCCGCUGAUUUGUUACAUUAUAAAAAUAGCAUUGAUAAGGAUAUGCUGGCGGGUCUCAUUUCUUCAUUUGAUGAUUCUGACGUCAUCCAUGCUUCUAAUAUUUUCAAAAUGAAGCUUAAUGAACUUGAUUCUGUGGAAUAUUACAAUAGGCACAAAAACAGUCUUCUCGAGAAGGUAGAAACAGAUUAUUCUGCGAACUCUAUCUUUAUUCUUGAUAUAGUCAAAUCCCUGACUCAAAAAGAUGAAGAACCUUUAAUUUUUGACGUUGUUUUAGCUGUAUCCAUUCUGGAAAAUUACCAAAAUAAAGAUUCACACAAUUACGAUACCAAUGUAUGGUUAAUUGCGCUUUAUAUGUAUUUAGGUUUAGUUCCAUUAGCGUAUUCUCAUUAUCAGGAUUUGAAAGUUAGGAAUGUACAAACAGAUUCUAUGGAUUUUCUCCUAUAUUCAAGAUAUUCUAGUUUAUUCCCACAGAAACAACACGAUUUUAUAAUGAAAACUUUACCAGAACACGAUGAACUUUAUAAGAGUUCGUUGGAAAGAUUACCACAACUGAUCAAUGUGUCAUUUGAAAGAAAGGCGUACAGCAAGAUUUUAGGCAUGUUGGACUUCAGACAAAGACUUGAAAAAUCCGACACAAGAUGGCUGAAGCUUUCUGAGAAAGCUCAGCUGGCAAGACUUUGUAACGAUAAGCGUUCCUUAUUAUUGGAAAACUUGCAUGUGAACUGGCGCACUGUGACUAAUUCCGCAUUCAAACAGUGGUCGGAUAAUAGAGAUUGGUCUAUUUUCGGUCCUGACAUAGAUAGAAACAGAUUGCCAGCAGUUUUGGGAUAUAUGAAUCUUAAUAGGGAUUGGAUUGAGCUGAAUAUUCUUAAAGAAUUCAUGAUAGAAUCUAUUCCAAACAAUACUGAGAGUCCCAAGUUAGAUGCUAAUUUGAAGAAGGUAAUUGCAAAUAGAGAUUUGAACGAAAUAUUAAGCUCAUCUUUUACUACAAUGGAGAAUUGGUCAUUCAGAACAUUCUAUGACUUAUAUUCUAAUAAUGGAACAAAUCUAAAUACUUUACUUGAGGAACUUGAUUUCGAUAAACUUCCAAGUGGAACCUGGAAAUUAUCGAGUGACUAUUUAACGUGUUUAGCUACCUUGAAAACUCUAGACAAUUUUAAGAGAAUUACGGACAAAAAAACCAAGCAGUUGAUAAAGUCAAACAUCCAAAAUUUGAGGGACUCUUGCGAUGAACGCUAUCGUAGCUAUCAAAAACUUCUAACUCAGGUUUGCAAUAAUUUGAAAAGUCAUGAUGGCAAAGGCUUGCUUGAAAAGCUGGAAUUUCUGCCACUUGAAGCAGAUAGCUUGGUUAAGCACGUAUUAGUUGUCCAAAAGGCCAUUAGGAACUUGUAG